AUGGCGGAAUCGGGAUCGCGAUCGUGGCUAUGGUCCCUGCGCAAGGAAGAGGUUAAGGAAGAACUCGCAAAGUACCGAGUAACCUUCGAACCGGAUGCAAAGUUAGCCGAGCUACGGUUUCUCCUGCGAACUGCACUGAAUCAAACGAAAACGGCUAACGGAGGCCGUGCGGGGCGCUACGAUAAACUCUUAGUUGAUCUCGAACGAUCUGAGAUCGAACUCGACGGCCUCGAGGACCCCGAGGGUGAUACCCGUGAUGAUGGUGACGAGGGUGAAGAAAGACACCAACCAUCCGAUGAAGAAGAAACCGAGGAAGCCGAAGAUGAGAACCGGCUCCAGGAGGAACAGAUAAGAGCCGAAAUUGAAGCCGAAGAACGCGAGAGGGAUGUACGAGAGCGGAUCGAGAACGAUGUACGAGAGCGGAUCGAGAACGAAGUACGAGAGCGGAUCGAGAACGAAGUACGAGAGCGAAUCGAGCGCGAGUUGAGGGAACGAGCGAAAGUCGAAAAUGACGAGGCAGAACGUGAGAGGAAUGAACGAGAGCAAGAGGAACAAGAGCGAGAGCGACGCGAAAACGAGCGCGCGGAGAAAGAGAGGGCGGAACGACAAUUGCGGGAACGUUUUAGGCGCGAAAUCCGCGCCCAAAUCGCACGAGAACGCGAACAACCCGCGAGACGACCCGUCGAGGCAAGACCGCGACCCGACCAUGUGGACCCGGACCAGGGAGCCACUCCAACGCGCAAUCCCGCCUCCACACCGGGUCCUCGUCUCCAGCAACCCACCCCGCCAGCACGUCGAUCGGUGACCGACGUCACCCGCAAACCGACGCUGACGAACUACGACGCAGGGAUAUGGUCCGGAAGUGGGGAGUCAUCUUUAAGGGGGAACGCGACGUCCAAGAUUUCUUGGAACGACUGGAAGAGCUAG